GUAAGAGUUGUUGUUUUUUUUUUGGCAUUAAACGCCUAUACUAUGUAUUCGGUAAUUUAUAAAACGAGGUAAAAAGACACGGCUUUUAUUUUGAAAAGUGCUAGCCGUCUGUGAUUAUGCUACACACGUGCUUAAAACUCAAUAGAAGAAUCGGUUCGGGUUUAUGAUCUCUGGUUAGGAUUAAGUAGUGUUCUUCAUCAUGUCCGUCCUGGAGGCUUGGUACAUGGACGAGUCCACUGAAGAUAAGAGACUGCCUCAUAAAUUACACCCCAAUCAUCCAGUGAGUCUACAGGAGCUCCAGGACGUCGGGGUUUGGUACUGGAAGUUAAAUGCUGAUAUCUAUGAACAUGACCCCGAGUUGCAGAAGAUCCGAGAAGAAAAAGGUUACUCCUACAUGGACAUCAUCGACGUUCACCCGGAUAAACUGCCCAACUACGAGGAUAAAUUAAAAACCUUCUAUGAGGAACAUCUGCACCUCGACGACGAGAUCCGUUACAUCCUGGACGGAAGAGCGUACUUUGACGUUAGAGACAAAAAUGACCGCUGGAUCCGAAUUGCACUGAGAAAGGGAGACAUGAUCACACUGCCAGCUGGAAUUUAUCAUCGAUUCACGAUGGACGAGACUAACUACACUAAAGCCAUGAGGCUGUUUGUAGGCGAGCCGGUGUGGAAGGCCUACAACCGACCAGCUGAUCACUUUGAAAUUCGCAGAAAGUAUGUGGAUUCACUCAAGUGCUCCUGAGUAGCAUCGAGAUCGGGAGAUUAACGGUUAUCAGUUUCUAAAUAGAACUCAAUUGAUAUGGAGUAACAGAAAUUAUUUCAUAAAUGUAGUGUGGAAAAAUAUGGUAGCCUACAAGACAUACAAAUAUAUUUUUGCGAUCUUGUCAAUCCUGAAGCUAUUUCAACACCACAGUAUUUAUGGUGCCUUGAUUUUUUAUGUUAUUUUUAUGAAGUAUUAAAUCUCGGCAUUGAGUUGAUCAAGCUAGAAUUAGCACCGUUAGUAUCAGAAGCAGGAAAUAUUAUUAUACUGAGGUGUAGAUGAAACUACUGUACGCUUGCUUACUGCAUGUAGUGUUCAGAUCCAAUUAUUGUGAAUAAAAUUGCAGAGGUUUA